AUGAGGAUCCUGCCAGCGACACGGCGACUAAUGACACUCAAGCGGGCUGUUGCACAGGCCAAGCAACUCAUUCCCCCUCUCGAUGGAUCGUUGCACAAGGGCCAAUCUGGCAGAGUUGGAGUGUUGGGCGGUGCUCUAGAUUAUACAGGUGCUCCCUUUUUCGCUGCGAUAACCGCUCUACGUGUUGGCGCGGAUCUUUCGCAUGUAAUCUGUUCUCCUAGUGCGGCCAGUGCAAUCAAAUCCUACUCCCCUGAUCUCAUCGUCCACCCCAUCUUACGAGAGGAUGUAUCGGAGGACCAAGUGCGACCAGAACUCAAAUCUAUCCUUUCCCGUCUCCAUGUGCUUGUGGUCGGACCCGGGCUUGGUCGGGAACCGUACAUGCAAUCGCUUGCCAAGAUGGCUGUAUCGCUCGCACGCGCUGAGGGAAUGUUCCUCGUUCUGGAUGCGGAUGCGCUGUGGAUGGUCGGACAAGAUAUCUCCAUCAUCAAGGGUUACCGUCGAGCCGUUGUCACCCCCAAUGUUGCUGAAUUCGCACGUCUGAGUGAACAAGUUGGGAUCGAUCCAAAGACACCAGCCAACGAGCGUGCUGGGUUGGUGUCCCGGGCCUUGGGAGGUGUGACUGUGCUGCAGAAGGGCGCUGCAGAUGUCAUUGCGGUGGAUACGACCGGCAACGCGGCUGAUCUGGAGGCGAGCAGCAUGGCUGGAGCAGAUCCCGAGCGGGAGAAAACACAGCAGCAGAUCGAGGUGGAUGGUCAGGGUGGAAUGAAACGAUGCGGCGGGCAAGGAGACGUGCUGAGCGGAACCGUGGGUACGUUCCUAGCGUGGGCCAAAUGCUACGAGAACGGUGUCUUCGGCGACAAGUCGAUGCCUGCAUCUCAGUUCCCGCUGCUUGCUGCGGUCGGUGGCAGCUUGGUCACACGCACUGCCAGUCGACGCGCUUUCCACAAGCAAGGCCGAGGCGUAAUCACACAAGACAUGCUUCCGGAGCUCGGUCAAGCUUUUGCGGAGAUAUUCGGGGAUGAGGCUCAUGGAGAAGAUAAAGGAAAGUUUCUUGUUGUAAAGAAAACGUAUCUAUCUCGCUCUAAGCGAAAAGACACCUCUAGCUCAGUGAACUCCGCGUCUGAAGAGGAAGAGGAAACUGAGGACGUAACGAUGUCUGAGGCGACUGGUGUCGUCAAGCCUCCAAGCAAAGUUGCUGUAAAGCCGAACAGCAAAGCUUCAACCAUUAAACCCCUCGACGAACCUGCCACCCAACCUGACACUGGUACCCCUGUGUCUGAACCCAUAACGACCAAGACGCCCAAGAAGACGGUGUCUUCCAAGGGGAAGGAGAUUGCUGCAUCUCCGGGGAGGGCACCGAAAAAGGUCGAAGUUCAGUGCGUGUGCCUCUCUUACUCUCCGCAACAGCCACCUGAGAAGGUCUCGAUUGCACCUAGUCUUCCCGGACCAGGCCCACGAACGACAGGCAAGACGGAGGCGCCAGGUGCCAGCGCAAAGAAAACUCAUAUCCGCUCCAUGUCCUCGAUCAGCUCGCUCAAGCAGGUGGCCGACGACGCCAGUGCUACCGAGUCUCCCUCGUCGAAAAAGCCUGUCUCGUCGGUCAAUCGAAAACGUUUUGCGACGCCGGAUACGGUGGAUGAUGCGACGUCUGUGGCCGAGUCAUCGAUGGGAGCGGGAACUAUCCGCCGUACCGAGGCUGAGCGCAUCGAGUAUUUCAACAAUCAGCCCGAUUGUUCAGACAUCGAGCCUCACAGUGUCACCUGCACUCGAUGCAAGAAAGUGGUGAAUCUGGGACGGAAGCAGACGUAUCGGGUCAAACCAUGGGAAACUCAUCGUCAGCGCUGUGAUCAGAAGGUUUCAGCCACGGAAGAUGAUGCACAAAGCGAGCUCCGAUCUGAAGCCGGUACGACUAAGCGCUCCAACACGCGGCACUCCGUCGAGCAACGUAAGGCGAUUCUAGAAUCGGACGAGCGUGCCAAGACGGUGUUGCCUGACAAAGUCCUGUGCCGGAAAUGUGACAAGUGGAUUCGUUUGGCGGCCAAGUCAGAAUACGCAUUAAGCAACUGGAACGCGCAUCAGACAAGUUGCGGAGGCGCCGUGGUGAGCCAUCGUGUGGCUAUGGCUACACGCAAGAUCCAGCUUGUCAACGAUUCGCAGGCGAGCAGUUCUGGUCCCCGGCACGUCGACUGUCGUUUUUGCGGGAUUACGGUGGAACUAGAUGGGGAUGCGGACUACACAUUGACGAACUGGGAAUCGCACAAGCAGACUUGUACGAGCCCCUCGAAGUCAGGCAGGGCCACGAAAGCACCGCAGGAGCGAUCGCCUGCGUCGGAAGAAGCGCCGGAAGCAGAAGCAUCACACACCCGUGGAACGAAGCGCGGUUUGGACGAGCCUGACCUCGAUGUCGCUGAUCCCGAUGCACGGGCCCCAAAUCGUGCACGCAAAGAAUCGUAUGAGCCGGUGAACAAGGCGCCGCCGAGUGUGCUGGGAUGGUUUCUCAUGCCGUUCAAGGCAUUCAUGCAUGGCUACCAGCAGUCUAUGGCGUCUUAAUUUAAUUAGUUACAUGAUUGUUUUUGUAUACAUAUGGGCGCCAGUUUGGCUGGGACUCCACAGCGCGGAGGACGCACGCAUCGUACGUGUUUCCCGUGUGAGCUGUUGCCGCGAGGGCCUAUAAGUAAGUCCGCACGAACCACCCAUCCUCAGCGAUCAACGCUUCUCCCGCCAUUUCCUUUUCUUGCCGUGCCCCAUUCUCCAUUCUCAGCCAACAUGCCACCCGACACCACGACCGCGUUUUCCCCCACGAAGAGACAGAUGCGCGAGAUGAAGCUGCGAGAGGACACUAUGCUCGAGAUACUCAGCCCCGCGCUCGUGCGCUGCCUCGGCUGCGGCGCGAACAUCAAGCUGUCGACAAAGAGCGACUUCGACGCGUCGCAUUGGACGAGGCACCGCGGCCGGUGCAUCAAGAAGACCGUGCGGGAGUCUGCAAGUGCGAGGAGGGACUCAAACCAGUCCGUCACCUCCGCGUCAUCCGGGUCGUCGCCUUCGUCCGCUCGGGCACUCACACCGGAAGAUGACGACAAGGAGAGUGAUGCUACCCAACUGGGCGAGAAUUCAGACACACCGCCACUGCCUCCAAUUCGGCAAUACGACU